AUGAACGGGGCAUCCAAGCUGGCGUUUCAUCACGUUUAUCAGUACACCCCCGUCUUGCCAGAUGAGGCCCCGCUACGCUGGAUUCUUUUAGGCACAGACACGCUCUGUUUAUGGUCCCCGCGGCGCUUGCGACUGUACGACACGAGACUUUGGAAAAACUCAAGCAUGACGCUUGAAAGCACAUGUGCCGUCUAUCAUUCCAGUCUGGGCGUGUUACUGGCCUACGACGCUUCGGCCUAUGAAAUUGUUGCGAUUACGCCCAACUUGGAGCGUGAACUUUGCCGUCUCGGUGUCGCUGAGCCGCUAACGAGCCUAGUUGUUCAUGAAAAAACCCAGUUUGCGUGUCUUUCCUUGGACAACAGUUUGUUUUACUUUAGCGGGCAGUGGCAGGGCAGAGGUGAAUUUGUCCUUCAAGGGCUGCACUCUACACGCUUGACCGGGUUUAAGGUGCCGCUGGCACAAUUGGUGUCCGUGAAGGGUGCGCUUUAUGCUGCGUCAACGCACCUGGUCGCCAAUCUCCAGACAGGAGACAAGGUCAAAGUUUCGGACGACAUUAUCUCAUUCGUUGUCGCAGGCAACACGCUUUUGUUGGUCCAUCGUCAUUACUGUGUGGUGUUGGACCCCAUCACGAUGCAGCGUGUCGGCACACCUCUGCAGGCACCCGGGUUAGAGGAGGCGGUUCCCUCUCCAAAAGGUGAUGUUGUUGCUUUACGCAGCGCAGUGAAGAUUUCUCUUGUGUCUCUCAAGGGCAGACAACCGGUGGCACACCUCUCGCUUCAGCGGGAAUCAAGUGGCCUUGGCUCUGCAACUAUCAUUUCUCUUGGCUUUACAGCUGACGGGAAUUCUCUGAUUUUGUGUGACUCGAGGGGUCUCUUUUCCGUACACCGACUUGGAAGCAUAGAGGCGGCGGUCGCAACUGAUGUCAAACGGGUGCCGCGACAGCAAAUUGAGCGCGGUGGCAGUAGGCGUUCGCUUUCAUGUGGUGGACCGACAAAUAACGAGCUGCAGUCCCGCUUUUUGGACCUUCACGGUUUCUACGAAACCACCCGACGCACACACAAGGAAUAUGAAGGAGGCCAACAGCGAUCGAACUCUGUGACCUCUGUGUUUUCGCGACGAAACACGGCAACAACGACAAGUUCUAGUGGGCUCUUAAUUUUGGCACAGGGGGAUAGCAUUCUUCAGAUACCGUCGACUUCUGCCAGUCAGCAACUCCCCUUGUUGCGAAAGUGGGAGUCGGACCGCGCACCAACGGAGCUGCCGCAGGUGGUCAGCACUAUAGAAGGUCCCGACGUGGGCGUAUCCACGUCUGUGGUGGAGGUCUCAGCUCUUACUUCUCUGGAGUCCAUACUGAAUUUUAACAUGCACACCGUCGCGGAGAGCGAUGCGCCCCUGACUCCGUCAAUUGCUGCCGACCUUCUCGUAAAGGAGCGGGACAAGGUGACAUUUGCCGAUGCCCCAAUGUACGGGGUGCGAAGUCCAGCACGAAAGGGGCAGCCAUCGAUAAGCCCGACAGGAACACCAGAGGAUGACGUUGUGAACAUUGAAUCGAUUGAGAAUGAGGGACUGCGGAAGGAGUUACAUUACGACCCCUUGAACAUGGGUGUCACUCCUCCAAAGUCGCCUUCUAUGGCGUCUAACUCAUCAAGUUCCGUGAGGGUUCGUUCAUGCGAGCUACGCGAUGCGCUGAAGAAUCUUGCUGAGGCGUACGAGCGGCAAGACCAAGAAGACUCUGUGGACGUCGAAAACAUCAUUGACACGGAGGCAGUGGAGGAGAUGUUUAACACAGUGAGUCGCCUGUACGCGCGGCUCCAGUCACGCCAGCCACGGCGACCAGGCAGCGCGGGUAGUGUCGCUGGCAGUGACGUCUCCACCUCAUCUUUCAACGUCAUUUUGACUGAUCUUCAGCGUUUGCAGCGCCAGAGCAGCCGCAUCGAGGCACAAAAUGAGGCGAUACUCACAAAGCUUGGGCUGAAAUGA